AUGCGAAUUCAUUCGAAAGGAUAUCUAUCCGAGGCUGGCGCAUCGUUAGUGGAUGCUAAGUUAAAGUUGGACGUUGUGCCGAAGACGGCCGUGGUGGCGUUAGCUGCGCCAACAUUCAACUAUGGCCGAAUCGAUCGGGCAAAAGCACGAACCAAGGAGCGUAUUCGAUCCAGAUAUCCGGAUUUAGCCAGGCGUUUCCAUCGUGUUGGACUACCGCGUAAGGUGGGCAGUUUUCAAUUGUUUGUGAACGGUUACAAGGAUGCUAGCUAUUGGCUAAGGCAAUGGGAGAUGUAUCCUGAGCAGGUGCCACCACCGAGUGUAAUGUCCCAAUUUCAACAACAAUUCGAACGAAUGGUCAUCUUGGACUAUAUUAUCAGAAACACAGGUAUGUUGGCGUACGGCAGGUGUAUUGGUCUAUUGAACAAUCCAUCCAGUUCGAUGCAGCAGACUACGUUUCAUUAG